AUGUCUCGCCGUCGAAUAUCCCACAGCGAGAUGAACGAAUCCCUCGCCUAUCCCUACAUGCAGUCCAACGGUCAAUCCAACGGUCAAUUAAACGGCUUACCUCGUCGAGGCCCCAUUGAAGGCCCCAAUGGCCGUCGUCUCAUCCGUCGCGUCACAUGGCGCUCCUCCACAUACAAGCUCAUGGCCACCCUGUGGGUGCUGGCCGUCCUCUAUAUCGUCUGGCUAGUCCGCGACCUCUUUCUACCCCCCGAAUCCGAAGCCCCUCCUGCUCAACCCGAACAAAAUUAA